CCGACGCGCUCAGGUAGAUGAUGUGAGAAGUUCAGUGGUCCGUGUUUGGGGUUGUGGUGUUCAGUAGGACUCAGGGGACGCGCUGCUUAUUUUGAUAUUAUUGCGUUUACUUUCUGUAGGUUGUUCGAGGUGUUUUUGUAGACAUGGCGGACUGGAAGGUGCCGUUGAGUUAUAAUUACAGUCCGUCCUACCAUGCGUACGCGUACGGGUUAAUGUACCAGCAAGCCCCCGAGCAGACCCACACCAACAUGAACUGGACCGAGGCCGCGUAUGGAUCUUCUGUAGGGGUCAGCGGGGGUUACUACACCUCCCAGCCGCAGCAAUCUUCUCAAAGUCCUCCCGGGAGUCCUGAUUACAGCAGCCCGGUGUCUGAAGCUCAUUAUCCGGGCUCGGUCGUGUACUACUCCAACUCCAAGGCGCACACGCAUUCUAGUCGGCUCUUUCUCUGGCACAACCGGGCUCAGGUCGACCAAGUGGGGAAGGAGCAGGAACAAGCCGGCAGUGACACACCGAGUGACUCCGAGGCUCACACUCCAGAUUCGUGGAGCACUGGGAGCAGUCGUGAAGGCACUGGUGCUCAGGUGGAUCUGGAUCUCCCGUGGGUGCAGAAGAAUCCAGCAGACAACAGCGGCAGCCCCGACGCCACAGGAGCGGGUUCCGGCGCUCUCCCCGCGGCCACUGAGGGUCCGAGCUGCGCGGUGGUGGAGAGGGACAGCGGAGCGGCCGCGGUGUCCAAAGCAUCCGCGUCUCCGGAACCUCCGCCGGCGCAGCAGCGCAAAGCGAAAGCGCGAACCGCCUUUUCCGAGGAGCAGAUGAACGCGUUAAACGACCGCUUCAACGUGCAGAGAUACCUCACCCCUGCUGAGAUGAAGACCCUAGCAGGACUCACCGGACUCACCUACAAACAGGUGAAAACCUGGUUCCAGAAUCGUAGAAUGAAGCUGAAGAGGCACCAGAAAGAUAACACCUGGGUGUCUGAUAGGUACACUGGGACACCUAAUGCACAGACUUCACAUUCUCAGUUCCAGGUAGAUGCUCCAAUGCUGAACCAGGACCUCUAUAACAACCCCCAGUUCAGAGACGCAGUGUUCAAGAAGAGUCCCCCCCAGAUUCCUUAUUACCUGAACUACACCCGGCCCCUGUCCCCGUCUCAGGUCUCGUCCCCCAGACCCUCUGGAAGCUGGCGUCUGCCCCCAGCUGUGCAGCACUACGAGUUCCUCAAUCCUUCCAGCUAUGUUGGUGGAAACGCUGGUACGAGCGAUGUUUGCACUGUUGACCCAGGCAGCAGCCCUACUACACAGAUGGCCACAGUGCACAACGCCACACAGUGGUCAUCUUGAGCAACUGCACUUGGCUGCCUGUGGUGUGUGUAGUGUUUUGUGUAUAGUUUUAAAUCAAAGUGCUUUUGAUUCUAGUUCAGGGGUUUCACUGGAUCUGGCAGGAAGGCUGAUGAGUUUAUUUUAGGCCCUGAUCCACCACGACUGGGAUUUUGGAACCUUGUUGUUUGCAUGUUUUUAAAAAUUCCAAUUUUGUACAUUCUUUCUGACCGUGGAAAUGAUUUUGUCUAGUUUUUAUAUGGAAGAUCUAUUUUUAUAACUUCAACAAACCUUCCAGAGUAUUUAAUGUCUAUCAGGAACCCUUGCUCUUUCUUCUUUUCUUUUUUUUUUUUUUUAUAUUUGCUCAAGGUGUUUUCUUUGCCCUGGCGCUUUUAGAACCACUCUUGCCUGUGCUACACUUGUGUUGUCGUGGGGUGUUGAGGAAUAAAUGUUUUUUUUCUGGUGUUCCUGAGAAAAAUGUCCUCAUAUUCAUUUACCCCUAAAUAUGACCUACGACCCAUAACCGUAGUCUUUUAUAUAAACGCGCAUUUUUAUUUUCUGUAAAUCAGCGAUGACUCAUUUUGCUAGAGCUCAUGCGUCCAGGCUAAAGUGUGCUUGAGAUAAAGGUUCUGGAGAGAAAUACUUUCCAAGUAUAAAAUGUGAAAAUAAACGAAUAAAUAGAUGUGAAUGCA